UUGAAGAAUCACUUAGACUUUUUGACGAAAUGAGACGAGGAAUGAUUGAGGAAGGGAAGGCAACACUGUGAAUGAAGCAGGACAUGCAGAAUGAUAAUUGCAAUAUGUAUGACCUUAUUGCAUAUCGUAUAAAGGCAAGUGAAACAAACACUAUCUCUGGUUGCAGAAGAACGUCGUCUAGAGCAUCAUAUCAGAGAAGAGUUGAACAAAACGGCUCCCCGCCGCGCUUUGGUAGUGCUUAAUCCUCUUAAGGUGGUCAUCACCAAUUUGGAAUCAGACAAGGUUAUGGAGCUCGAUGCCAAAAGGUGGCCUGAUGCUCAGAACGAUGACCCCUCUGCAUUCUACAAGGUUCCGUUCUCUAGAGUUGUAUAUAUUGAUCAAUCUGACUUCAGAAUUAAGGAUUCAAAAGGUUAAUACUAUGGGCUCGCCCCUGGUAAAUCAGUCUUGCUAAGAUACGGUUUCCCAAUUAAGUGCACCAACGUUGUCUUUGCUGAUGACAAUGAAACCAUUCGUGAGAUUCAUGCAGAGUAUGACCCUGAGAAAAAGACAAAGCCAAAGGUUAUUUUCUUUAACCAUCAUUAUAAUUCUCCAAGUCAUAUUUCUAUCUUUAAACCGCCACUGAUACAAGUUUUUAACUACAACUUUUGUGACGCGUUAGGUUAUUUUGCGGUGGACAAGGACUCUGAGCCUGGGAAGCUUGUGUUUAACCGGACGGUCACACUCAGAGACAGCUACGGGAAAGGUGGGAAGUAAGAUCCUCCAGCCCAUAUUAACCACUUUGUUGUUUGAAACUUUACAAGGCAGUAAAUUAAAACUUUGUUUUUGAUACGCACCUAGUGCAACCCAGUUAAGAUGUGGUUUUGUUGACCUUGUUUCUAAGUGAAUGGAACUAAUCCUUG